AGAGAAGAGGGAAAAUACAGCAAGGAGCUAGCAAGUAAAUCUCCUGUCAUCCUCGUUCUUGAAGGCUUUUCUGGAGGAGAACUUUUUGACUUCCUGGCACAAAAGGAGUCUUUGAGUGAAGAGGAAGCAACCAGAUUCAUCAAGCAGAUUUUGGAUGGUGUGAAUUACCUUCACUCUAAGAAAAUUGCUCACUUUGAUUUAAAGCCUGAAAACAUUAUGCUUCUAGACAAGAAUAUCCCUAUUCCGCACAUCAAACUCAUUGACUUCGGCCUGGCUCACAAAAUAGAAGAUGGAGUUGAAUUUAAAAACAUUUUUGGAACUCCAGAAUUUGUAGCUCCAGAAAUAGUAAACUAUGAGCCACUUGGACUAGCUGCAGAUAUGUGGAGCAUAGGAGUCAUCACCUACAUACUGCUUAGUGGUGCAUCACCUUUCCUUGGAGAAACUAAACAAGAAACACUUGCCAACAUCACAGCUGUGAAUUAUGAAUUUGAUGAAGAAUUUUUCAGCAAUACCAGUGACCUGGCAAAGGAUUUUAUUCGGAAACUCCUGGUGAAAGAUACACGGAAACGGCUUACAAUUCAGGAAGCUUUGUCUCAUCCGUGGAUAACGCCAGUGGACAAACGACAGGCUUUGGUUCGGCAAGCAUCUGUUGUUAACAUGGAAAACUUCAAAAGGCAAUAUGCUAGAAGGCGAUGGAAGCUUUCUUACUGUAUUGUCUCAUUGUGCAACCACUUAUCUCGUUCGCUGGUGAAAAAUGUCCUAAUACAGGAUGAAAGUUUGAGAAACUGUGAAAGUGACAGUGAGGAUCUUUCACAAAGAAAAGCCACUCAUCAGAGGAGAAGCAGCAUAUCAUAA